AUGGAGGUGGCCCCAAUCACGUUCGAGCAGGCGUUGAGUCCUGAGAACAUGAAGGAGAGUCCGAUGAGUCAAUUUCUUGAUUGGUAUGAAUUUCAAUCACGAACAAAUCCGUUCGACCCAAGUCCUAUGAUAUUAUCGACGUGUGGGAAUAACAUGAAGGUGGAUAGUCGGGUGGUAUAUUUGAAGAGGGUGGAUUGCGAGUCAUUUGUGUUUUUCGGGAACCACAAGACGGCUAAAGGGGCGGAGAUGGAGGAGAAUAACAAUGUGGCGUUAUUGUUCUAUUGGCCGCAUGUAACGCGGCAGGUACGGAUCCAAGGUGUUGUGGAGUACACGACUAAGGAGGAGGUUGAGGAGUGGUUUGCUACACGAUCACGGGCGAGCCAGAUUGCGGCUUGGGUUGCCCAUGUCCCCGUCGACAAACGCGACCUUAUCGAAACCAAACGAAAAAAGGAAGAGGAAUUCAGAACCGCCGUCGAGGUGCCCGCACCAGGUACCUGGGAAGGCUAUCGAGUCAUUCCCCACACCGUCGAAUUUUGGCAAGGCGGCUCAGACCAUCUACACGACCGUAUCACCUACUGCAGAAACGGACGCAGCUGGACCAAACAGAGAGCCGCCCCCUAG